GUGGUACUUGAGACAAGAGAGAGGCUGAGUCACCGUAAUACUCGCCGGCCGCGAACCGGGAAAUUGGAAUGCUGUCUGAACCUGUGCCCAUAAAUAACCCGAGGCUGCCGACGCGCGCCGCACGCGCGCCCGGAGGUGAAUAAGGAACCUCAAGGAAGGGAACGAAUCGCUGAACAUAACUGCCUUCCGUCUUCCCUCGGCCUCGUCCUUCUCCUCCACCUACGGCGAUGCCAGCGUCUCCCAUGGCCCUUCCCCGCGCCACGCCAACCCCGUCGCGGUUCAAGCGCGCCCACACGAGCGCGCAGGAAUACCUACGCGCGAUCGCCAGUCGCGAGUCGGGGGGCGCGCGCCACAGCGCGCCGAGCGUGUCGUCGGAUGCGAGCUCUGUCGCGUCCGUGUCCACCUACGCCAGUUACGCGAGCACGUCGAAGACCUCCGUCUCCCCGUCGUGUGCGUCCGAAGACCAUGGCAGCGAGUGGGACUCCGCCGCCGACCCGCUUGGUUUCUCGCGCGACAAGGAGGCUGACGCACAUGCUACUCCCCAUUCCGAGUACGGGAUCUGCAACGACGAGCGGUGGCGCUACGAGAGCAGCUACCGCGGCACGCCGCCCUCUGAGGGGAUCGCCGACCCGCCGUACUACAUCCUAUUGUCGACGUACAUCUCCUUCAUCUUCGUGAUCGCGCUCGGGCACUUGGCGGACUGGAUGGAUCGGAUGCGGUAUGGGAGUGUGUAUGGCAAGAGCGAAGAGACAGUUUCGCACGACAAGGGCAAGGGGCUUGCACCUUUGACCGCUGACUUCGACUCGUUCUACACUCGCCGGCUCAAGAGACGUCUUCUGGAAUGCUUCAACCAGCCCUCUACUGGCGUCGCUGGACGCACUAUACGGAUCCUCGAUCGCUACAGCCCUGACUGGAAUAAGAGCCAGAUUCUGACCGGCACGACUACGCGCACCCUGAACAUCUCGUCCUACAACUAUCUUGGCUUCGCUCAGGCGCAGGGAGGCUGCGCUGAGGGUGUCGAGGCCGGCCUCCAUAGAUACGGUAUUUCCACAUGUGGAACCCGCGCCGAGGGAGGUUCUAGUGAACUGCAUGUUACCGCCGAGCGCCUGGUGGCGAACUUCGUCGGUACGGAGGACUCGCUGAUCUCAUCCAUGGGCUUCGCUACGAACUCUACGGUCAUCCCGGCUCUUGUUGGGAAAGGCUGUCUUAUUAUUUCUGAUGAACUCAACCACUCCAGCAUCAGGUUCGGCGCACGCCUCUCUGGGGCUCACGUCAGGCUCUUCAAGCACAACGACAUCAAGGAGCUCGAGCGAGUUCUCCGCGAUGCUAUCAGCCAAGGACAGCACAAGACGCAUAGGCCUUGGCGCAAGAUCCUCGUUAUCGUUGAGGGCCUUUACAGUAUGGAGGGUACUAUGGUCGAUCUCCCGGGCAUCAUGGCAUUGAAGACGCGAUACAAGUUCUACCUUUUCGUCGACGAAGCGCACUCCAUUGGCGCCCUCGGCCCGCACGGCCGCGGCGUCUGCGACUACUACGGUAUACGGCCUCGGGGCGUUCCCAAGCCUGGUUUCAGCGCGGACGACGACAACGCAGAGAUCAUUCCUGGGACCAAUGUGGACAUUUUGAUGGGCACUUUUACCAAGUCCUUCGGCGCUGCCGGAGGCUACAUCGCUGGCAGCCACCAGAUUAUCGAGUAUCUCAGGGUCAACGGUCACGGCGGCGUUUACGCUGAGGCAAUGACCCCGCCCGUCCUCAUCCAGAUCAUCACCAGCAUGGCCAGCAUCAUGGGAGUCGUUCCCGAUAUGCAGACGCCUAAGAAGCACUCGCAACAACUGGUCAAGGCUCCUGCUCAUCCCGGUCCCAUCCCUGCUUCAUACCUGCCCCAAUGGCUCCCUUGGCUGCAAGAGACCGUCGAGGCCCAGCUCCGCGGUAGCGAGGCGCUCAAGUCACCGUCGACGGAGCUCAAGUUCUACACCGGUUUGGAGGGCAACGUCCGCUUACGGCGUCUCGCAUUCAACUCGCGCUACCUAUCCCGUGGCCUGAACGCGCUCGGCUUCAUCACCUGCGGCCACGACGACUCGCCCGUGGUGCCGCUGAUCAUCUGGAGCCCGGGCAAGAUGGUGCAGUUCCACCGAUUGAUGCUGCAGUGGCGCGACGGGUGGAAUCGGGGCAUCGACGGGCGGAUGGUGUGCAUGGCGGCAGCUGGUGAGAGCCAGGAGGCUGGUGGCGACGAUGCGGUGCGCAAUGCAUGGGGCGCGCGGACCCCAAUCUUGACAGUGGUGGUGUCGUACCCGGCGACGCCGCUCAUCACGUCGCGGGUACGCUUCUGCGUGUCUGCAGCGCAUACGAAGCAGGAUAUGGAUAUCGUCCUGCGGGCGUGCGACCAGAUUGGCGACUGGCUCGAUCUCAAGCAUGGCAUUCCGCCCUCAAAGCGGUGGAAUAUCGACGACAUCGUCGAGAACGCGGCCGACUUGGUGCAGGCGGAGACUUUCUAAUGACGCAACGUCUUGUUGUACCGGUGGUCGCUGCAGCCAAGAUAGAUGCUUCGACCUGUCGGUGUAUCACAUUCAAUGACCAAGGAGGUGUACGAACAUCACAGCAAGGAGGAUUCCGUACUAUACCUAGACAUACGUUCCCUAAUCACAGUGAUCUAGCUACGUAGUGUACAACAUCGUUAGAAUGACAUCUUGUGGAAGGCAG